UUUUUAGUAUUACCGUUAUUCCUUGUGGCAAAAUACAGCAAAAACAAGAGAAAAACAGCAAAAGAGGAAAGGAAAAACAUCAUACGUUAGAAAACGUCACUUUUUUUCGUCCUGUUUCAUUACUUUUUUGCUGAAUUUUUUUAGUGUGUAAAACAGCACACAGUGGUGAACCUUUUUGUUGUGUAUAAUAAAUCGGGGAAAAUUUUCUCAAGAAAAAAAAAAAUAUACAUAAAAUUUUAAAUCAAUGAAAUAACUAAAAAUAAAACAAAUAUUUUGCAAUAAAUAAACAAAAAAAUUAAAAUAAACAAAAUUUAAAGUUUAGAAAAGAUAUGUUUUCCAUUUAAAAACAAAAAGAAAUUUAAAAUUUUACAUAAUCUAUAAGCUAAAGCAGAAAACCAAAAAAAAAAAAAAAAAAAAAAAAAAUUAGAAAAAAUAUAGAAAAUAAUGUCCUAAACGUGGGUGUGUUUAUAAAAUCUAAAAAUAAUAUAAAUAAAAAGCAAAAAUUAGCUAAAAACUAAAUUCUCUAAAUACCUAUAAAAUAAACACAAAUAAUUUAUUAAAUAUUUUACGAAAAUCAAAGUAAUACCCAAGUACAAGUAUGAGUGAUUCUACUACUAGGGUUAGUGGUAAACGUGCCUCCUCAGCCAGCAGUAAAAGUGACGCUAAAUCAUCAUCAUCAUCAUCCACAGGAUGUAGUAGUAAUACAACAGUAGGGACAACGAAGGACUUGAAUCUAUUGGAUUUACCACCAGAAACAAAAAAUCUACAAACUCUAGAUACCACUAAAACAGUCAAUCAGCAACACACUCCUCAGACGUAUACGGAAACUUCAAAUGAUUUUCCAUUUGCUCUACAUUUUUUAGCCAAUUUCCAUCAUAUUUGUGUAUUUACCGCACUAUUGCCGCUGGUAACAUUAUUUACAUGUUUUGUAACCGCUUAUGUCUUCCAAUAUGAUGAAGUACAUGAAACACAUUGUAGGGUUUAUAACAUUGUACCCUCAAUAAGUGCAAUUACCGGCGUUAGUCCACAACGUUAUUUUUGGCGUUUUAGUAUUGCCUUACAUUUGGGUCCACGUUUACCCAUAGCAUUCAUAUAUAAAAACUACUAUCGCAUUAUGUUGGCCAAAUUGCAAAAGGAACGUCCGGAAAAAGUUGGCAAUACAAUGUAUGUGGUGUAUUUGAUAUUGGUCUUAAAUUGUAUAGAAAUUGCUUCGUUGGGUGGUGUUACCUAUAUUUCAAAUCGAGAAAAUUAUCCCAUACAUGAAAAGAUUUUUAUUACUUUUAUGAUCUGCUCAUUGUGUCAUAUGUUGGCUACGAUCAAAUUGAAUGAUAUCAUACAUGAGGAUCAUACUGAACUAACACAAUUGCAAAGAGAUUCAAUUAAAUGGAAGAAAAUCUUAUUUGCCAUGUCAAUUCUGAGCACAAUUGGUCUGUUGAUUUUCUUUGCCAAACAUCGUUUCUAUUGUCAUGAUUUAGCCUUCAGUUGGUUUGCAUUCUUUGAGUAUUUAAUUGCUAUUGCCAACAUGUUGUUCCAUUUCACUAUAAUUUGGGAUUUUCCCUUUCAAUAUAUGCUGGUCGUGCAAGGACCACGUGCAAAACUAGAAGAAAUUUUCCGCAAAUCGUUAGCGAAAUUGGACUAAACUCUGUUAAAUAAAAUGCUGACAUCAAAAUAAGGGCUUUAGCAACAAUUUUAACAAUUUAAUUUAACAAACAAAAGAAAAGUCUU